AUGGGGUUUGUUACUUCUGCAGAAGCACGACAGCUGGAUGGAGCGGGGGAGUACAUUGUCUAUUAUUGGGUCGGCUUGACGGUGCAAACAUUCUUUUUUGGCGGGUAUACACUUUUGAUUUGGCUUUCGACGCGGAUGCUCCUGGAACGCCGGCUCAAAACGACCGUGAACCAGGUCAUGUUCGGGCUCACGCUCUUCAUGUAUCUGCUUUCCUUGCUGUUCUGGGUUUACUCGAUCGCCGACGGGGUUGACCGCCUGCAAGGCUUCGUUGAUUUGGCAAAGAACCCGGGACUGAGGCAGUCAGAUCACACCCCCGUCACAUUGUGGUCGCCACUCAUCAACUCUGUUAUUGCCAUCAACUAUGUCAUCAGCGACGGUGUCGUUGUUUGGAGAGCUCGGGUUAUCUGUCUACGAAACCACCGCAAGUGGCUGUGGAUAUCGAUAUUCUUCCUCGUUUGCACCGCAAUGGGUGUUGGCAUUUGGAUCGCUUUCCGCAUCAUAGGAACUGCCAUCUCCCCCAUUGACCACAUCGCCAAGAACACGCCUCUGGGGCUGGGAAUUGACGUUAUUCAAGUCGUGAUCCUCUUCACAUCGACGCUCUCCAAUCUCAGCGCGACCGUGGUCGUCUCGGCAACAGCGUAUCGGCAUUGGCGGCUUAUCAGCGGGGCGUUCACACAAGGGAAAGGCGAAUCGAGGCGGACUAAUCACAUUUUGGUGCUGAUCGUAGAGACUGGUGCAUUCUACUGUGUUCUCGCGCUCAUUGGCCUGGCGGGGUCGGUUAUCCGACUGCCACAGGGCACACUGGGCGACUUGUAUAUGCCCGUCAACGUCCAGAUCGCUGGCGCCUACCCGUCGAUUGUACUGCUACUGGUUAGCAGACGAAACUCGCUCAACGAAUCCACGUUUAUUGAUAGCUCGACUAUGGCGGUCGCUUCGCAGCCGAUACGAUUCCUCCAGCCGUCAUCCACUGGAGGCCCUAUAAGCUUUGCUCCAAAUCCAAAGCCAACCACUCCAUGGGAAAUUGAUCCGGAAAGCAGAGAGAACUACGUCAAUAAUUAG